CCGUCUAAUUUUAGGAGGCUUAUCAACACCUUUUCCUUAGUAUUUAGUAACUGCUCUCUGCUCUGCGGGUUUUGUACCAUUUCCUAAAAUGGAAGCUAAAGUCGGGAAAUUCUUCGAGUCGGUGGCCAAUUUCUUCGUCGGCGGCGACAGUAUUCCGUGGUGUGACCGUGAAAUCGUCGCUGGUUGCGAGCAAGAGGUUACCGAAGCGAGUAAAAAUUCAUCUGAUGACUUUAAGAAUGAAUGCAUCAUGCGUUUGUCGUGGGCUCUUGUGCACUCGAGAGAGCCGGAAGAUGUAAAUCGGGGCAUAGCAAUGCUUGAGUCUUCGCUAGACAACACUUCAAGCGCUCUAAAAGUAAGAGAGAAACUUUAUCUUUUAGCUGUUGGGUAUUACAGAAUUCGUGACCAUUCAAAGAGCAGGGAUCUGGUGGAAAGAUGCCUGAAGAUUGAACCUGACUGGAGACAGGCACAGUCCCUUAAGAAAGCAAUUGAAGACCAGAUAAAAAAAGAUGGUAUAAUAGGCAUCGGAAUUGCCGCUACAGCUGUGGGGCUAGUUGCUGGUGGGAUUGCUGCAGCUUUUGCACGAAGGAACUGACUCGACCUUCUCUAUCUGUGACGAUAUACUGAUGUGCUGAAGAAUUAAGUAAGUGAUGCUUGAUGCAACUCGAAGAAGAUAGUAUUAGUAUACUUUUGUUCAUCAUUUCUUUUGUUCUCUACAUUAGUUGCUCCGUGUUUCUAAUCAAAGUUUUGGUGACUUUUCUUUAA